UUAGCCUAAUGUGGAACUGUUCAGUGCAAAAAAAUUAGUUUUAAAAGUAAGAACAAUUUCGUCAAUCAAUUAUUAUACAUCCCAGUUGAAGAAAAAUGCAAAUUCUCGUCGCAAUUUCAAUUUGCUUUGUGGUAACAAGAGCGGGCGCAGCACCACCAACAACACCAGAAACUACUACUUCUCAUGGUCCCCCAGAUCCUUCUAACGCUGCAUCGAUGGCUAGGUAUAUUAUUCAUAAUUCAGAUUGGGCUUCUAUAGCCACAAUAUCUACAUUAAGCAGAACUAAUCACUACCCAUUUGUUAAUUUGAAAUCACUGUCUGAUGGCCCACCAUCGAAUGGGACAGGCGUACCAUAUUUGUACAUGACGCAACUUGAUUUGACCGGCAAGGAUGUACAAAAAAACAACCGAGUUACAAUCAUGGUAACACUUGCGCAAUCUGAUUAUUGUAAACAACAAUCAUAUGAUCCUCAAGAUCCUCGCUGUGCCAGAACUAUUUUAACAGGAAGAUUAUUGAAGGGGAACGUUGGUUUUUCCAGAAAAACUUGGUGUACUUUAAUUAAUGACGGAGAACAAUGUUUCGGCAUGCAUCUUCCUAAUUAGUGGUCGAGACGAAGUCCUGAUCCCAAUUCAUCACUUUGACUAAACUUCAUGGAAACAAUUCGUGAAUCAGUAGAUGCAUGACCACAGAUCCGAUUAUGUGCCUGCAGAUUACAUAUCGCACGAGCGGAAA